AAUGUUAGUCUGACUUCACUGCAUUAUUAAAGGUUACUUCAAGUAUAAAUAUCCCCUUAUUUCCACAUUUGUACUUUUACUGUGUAGACUCCAAUAUGCCUGGAAUCGAUCUUAGCCUUAGCACAGGUGCAUUUUGAUGAAUUAACAAGGAAUCAAUUUAAGUGUCUUAAACGAAAUAGGAGAGAGUGCUGUCGGCAUAUGAAGAUCGGUGGCUUGAGACGUAGACGUCAGCCAGGCAGGGGGGUAAUAAAAACUCCCAUUCAUCCCGAGGAGGGGCAUAAUUGGCUUGACCACAUCUUGAAACCUCUAUCUAGAGUCUAUGAGGCAAUCAUAGAUCACAGCGUUUAGCGUUUGGUGAACUCUAGUCCCACUAAAAUAAUGGGUUAGAAAACUCUACAAACUUGAAGGAUUACACUGACUUUACAAAGCACAGACUCUCGUUUCAAAACCAAACUGAUUAAAUACUUUGCAUAAACCAUAAUUAAUGGUGCAAUGAUUGAGUCCAACGUAAGUCUGAGUUGCGCGUGGUGCGCUGGAGGAGGUGACGGGACGAGAGCGCACUUGGAUGAGAAUCACUCAGAACACAGUCUGAGUCCGACUGGACACUUGGUGGUCUCGGUGUGCCUUGGAUUCAUCGGAACUUUUGGGUUUCUCAACAACACGCUCGUUCUCAUCCUGUUCUUUCGCUACAAAGUGCUGCGCUCGCCCAUGAACUGUCUUCUGGUGAGCAUCUCGGUGAGCGAUCUGCUGGUGUGCGUCCUCGGCACGCCGUUCAGCUUCGCCGCCAGUACGCAGGGCCGGUGGCUCAUCGGACGCGCGGGAUGCGUGUGGUACGGCUUCAUCAAUUCGUUCCUGGGCGUCGUGUCUCUAAUCUCCCUGGCGGUGCUGUCUUACGAGCGCUAUUGCACCAUGAUGGGGGCCACGCAGGCCGACUCUACCAAUUAUAGAAAGGUGGCCAUGGGUAUUGCCUUCUCCUGGAUAUAUUCCAUGGUUUGGACUGUUCCACCGCUGUUUGGAUGGAGCUGUUAUGGUCCAGAGGGUCCCGGCACCACCUGCAGCGUCAACUGGGCCGCCAGGACUGCCAACAACAUGUCUUACAUCGUCUGUCUGUUUAUCUUCUGCCUUAUUCUCCCGUUUGUGGUAAUUGUCUACAGCUAUGGCAGACUCCUUCAGGCUAUCACGCAGAUGAGCAGGAUCAAUACGGCGGUGAGUCGAAAGCGUGAGCAGCGUGUUCUCUUUAUGGUGGUCACCAUGGUGUUGUGUUACCUGCUCUGCUGGCUGCCCUACGGGGUUAUGGCCCUGCUGGCCACGUUCGGUCGUCCCGGCCUGGUCACAGCCGCUGCCAGCAUUAUUCCUUCUCUAUUAGCCAAGAGCAGCACCGUCAUAAACCCCAUCAUCUACAUCUUCAUGAACAAACAGUUUUGCAGAUGUUUCCAUGCACUCAUCAUGUGCACCACCCCAGAAAGAGGCUCCAGCUUCAAAAACUCCUCCAAAGUCACCAAAACUCUCAGGACAGUGCGACGCGCCAAUGGCCAGAAUGUGACCUUUGCAGUGGCCUCAGCUGGCCAUCCUGUUAUCUUUGCUCCUAACAGCGGUGGGCAGAAAAGUUCCUCAGAGGCUGAGAGACCAUCUCCUGCUGUGGGCCAAGACACCAACAGACCUGUUGUCUCUCUUGUGGCCUAUUACAAUGGUUGAGCUCGUACAGUCAGGCCAAACCAACACUAAUACAAUGGAAUUAAAGGUGACAGAGGUCACGAAUUGCAUAAAAAAAGAAAAGCAUUGAUAAGUGGGCAUGUCUUGCAGAGGAACGUGGAACUAGAACACGCCCCCUCGUUGACUGUCAUGUCAUGUUGCGUUUGUGAUCUUUCUAGUGGAAAGCACUCAAAAUGGAUAAUGGAAAUAAAUAGCUGGAGAAAGGAAUGGAGAAGAAUGGAGUCCAGGAUGUAUUUGUGCUCUCAGAUUUUGGAUGUCAGAUGUCUCUCUCUUUGAAACUGAACCAUUUUUUUCCCUGAUGUUUUACUUACAACAAGGACAAUUUUCAAAACCAGUUCCUUUUCAUGGUUGGACAAGCAGUGUAGCACAAACUGUUUAAAGUAAUGCUUUUGUUACUUUUCUUGUAAUUCUGCUCAUCAUUUGGACAUUUACAACUACAAGCACAUUAAGACCUGUUUGUAAAAUCAAUAAAAUUACCUCAAAAAAUAGCUUUAUGGGCCCCUAUUAUGGAUUUUUGAAUAUUACUUUUACAUGCAGAAAACAUGAAAGACUUUUAAAUCUGAACCUAAAAAAAAGUUGACUCUGAAUCACUGAAACAAACGAUUGCUAAGCUGUUUAAUGUUGACGUCAUAACAUAAAACAUUAGCAUAUUACCUGCCCACUUGUGGUCUUUUCACAUUGGUCUGAUUGAAAAUGCUAAUUCAUUCUUUCCCACUAGGUGCCGCUUUUGGAGUGGUAAAAAUUUUCCCUGGUAACGCUGUACACAAAGCAGCACUGUGCUGGUCGUUACAGGUACAAUGAAAUGAAAGGGAGAACAAUCGGACCAAUCAGUGCAGAAUAGAGUCAUGCAAAGGAGUGGUUUGGAAAAAUUUAUCAUUGAAUGAAUUGUUUGGGGUCGUAGAGCAAGUAAGGUAAAAAUAAAUGCAUAUUAUAGGAAAACAAAUUUGUGUUUUGAUCUUGCAUGCAUGUCAGCCUGUUGUUGGUAACUCCGAAAACCAAAAUAUGAACCUUGCAUAACCCAUGAUAUGGGCACUUUAAAAUGUACUUUCCUUCAGGUCAUCCAAAAUGUAAAUCAGUUUGUUUCUUUGUCUGAACGUUUGGAGAAAUUUAGCAUUACAUAAUUUUCUCAACUCUGCAGUGAAUGGGUGAUAUCAGAAUGAGGGUCCAAACAGCUGAUAGUAAUCACAAUAAUCCGCAACUAAUCCGCACAGCUCCAGUCCAUCAGUUAAUGUCUUGAGAAAGGAUCAUGUAUGUAAGAUUCAUGAGAUUUUAAUCAAUGAGAUUUAACGGUUGCUUCUGGACAAAAUUCCAAAAAUCGCAUAUUUUAUCCGAAAGCGACUGAAGUUAAAAACAUUAAUAAUGGAUUUGUUUAUAACAAACAUUUGGUUUUUGCAAAAUUAAAUGUUACUCAAUUAACUGGAGUCAUUACUGUGAUGUUUUUAUCUGCCAUUCACUGCAGAGGUGAGCAAUGGAUGUAAUGCUAAAUCUGUUCAGAUAAAAAAAACAAACUCAUCAUGGAUGGCUUGAGAAUGUCAACUUUCAGUUAAUUUUCUUUUUUGUGUGAACUAUUCCUUUUAUGGGAUACAUGUUGCUUAAAUUUAAAGGGGUUAUAUCAUUUUCUUUGAUCGUUUGAAAUACAGACAUUUAAUAACUUUCUUGUCAAUCUUAAAGCAGAAUCUGUUGUAUCUAGAAUAUAAGACCCGAAUUCAUUUAAAAUGCCCACAUUUAUACAUCAAUAACUCAUUUUCAUUGUAAACUAAUUCUCCUAGUAGAGUGAGAUAUGAAGAAUAUCCACCGAAAGUUGUGCUUGGCUGUGUUUUAUUACUUUAUUCUUAUCAAGGACCCUGAUCACAUCAGUGAGUUUGUGCAGCUCGUUUCAGCUGCACUUGUUUUAUGACAAUGCUUAAAAUGUUUGAGGACAUAAAACCCAUUGUGAGUUGUAAGAAACCUUGACUAACAUCAUCAACUGACCUCAGGGAAAAAAUGUAAAUGUAUGAUAUGACCCCUUUAAGAACAAUUAUACACACACACACACACACACACACAUUGAAAAUAAUAAUUAAAUGCCAAAAAGCUUUCACAAACUAUAAAAUAUCAUAAAGCAUUAUUAUUUUAGAGCCAUUAGAGCCACUGAUCUGUUUUACAGAAGUAUUUUUACAAGAGUUGGAUUUGUGGAACAAACUGACAAUUAUAUGAACGUUUGAUUGCAAUUGCAAUGUUUUAUUUUGAGGGUUACUUGUAUAAUAGGGUUUUUUGUGAUUAUGUGAACUUUAGUCAGUAUUUUUAUGAGGCCAUUUAGAUAAAGGGGUAUGUGACCCAUUUUUAUGAGUUGCCAUAGUAGUGCACGUUGUGCUGAACUUCUGUACAUUAAGUGAGAACGCUAUAUGCAGUCAAUGCUGUAGAUACUGUGUCAGAAUACAUAUGGAAAUGCAAGAUAACAGCACUUUGAAACGCAUAAAAAUGCAAAUGAACAACAGUGAAUGCAAUUUUUGAACAGCAAUGAAAAACUAAAUUUGUUACAGUCCAGCUGUAAGAUUCAAGUUUUUUUUUUUUAAGUUAUGUUAUUCUGGCUCGCUUUGUGCAUUUUAAAUAAUAUUAAAAUUGCUGCCUUCUUUCUGAUUUAUUUUUCUGACAUUCUCCAAAUGAAACUAAUUUAUCAAUCAUAGUGCUUUUUAUUGUGUUUGCAUGUUUAAAAGCUCUGGACUAUUUGGCAGAUGAUCACUAAUUUGUAUGUGCAAUUAUUUGUGUGUGCUAGCAUUCGUCUGUAUGAUGUAUUACCAAAGCAGUUUUUUUUUCUCUCUAAAUGUUACCUGUGUUAAUGCUAAUAAUAAAAAUAUCUGGAUAUAAAAUA